UACAUUCCAUUUAAUUUCACUUUGUGCAUAAACAUAAUUAAUAUGGCAGCAUUUGAUUUCAACGUGUUUUCGUUACUCUUCAUUUUUUCUAUUAUUACCAUUACCAUUGUUACUCAUAUCAAUGCUUUUGAACCUUCUUCACUUCUCCAUCUUCGCGAAUUUUCCGAUCUCAAUCGGAGCUGUUUCCCGCCAAACUUUGUUUUCGGAACAGCUUCUUCUGCAUUUCAGUAUGAAGGUGCAGCAUUUGAAGAUGGAAAAGGACCAAGUAUUUGGGAUACUUUCACUCAUGAACACCCAGAAAAAAUAAGAGAUGGAGGUAAUGGAGAUGUAGCCGACGACGCAUAUCAUCGGUACAAGGAAGAUAUUGGAAUCAUAAAGGAUUUGAAUAUGGAUGCUUACAGAUUUUCCAUUGCUUGGUCUAGAGUGCUACCAAAAGGAAAGCUUAGUGGAGGUGUAAACCAAGAGGGAAUAAACUACUACAACAACCUCAUCGAUGAACUAUUGGCUAAUGGUUUGCAGCCAUAUGUGACCCUUUUCCAUUGGGACGUUCCCCAAGCCUUAGAGGAUGAGUAUGACGGUUUUUUAAGCCCACGGAUUGUAGAUGAUUUUAAGGACUAUGCUGAACUUUGCUACAAGGAAUUUGGUGAUAGGGUGAAACAUUGGAUUACUUUGAAUGAACCAUGGAGUGUGAGCAUGAAUGCUUAUGCAUAUGGAAAGUUUGCACCGGGUCGAUGUUCAGAUUGGUUAAAUCUGAAUUGCACAGGAGGCGAUUCAGGGACCGAGCCAUAUUUGACUGCACACUACCAACUUCUUGCUCAUGCUGCUGCUACAAAACUAUACAAGACCAAAUAUCAGGCAUCUCAAUAUGGUAUAAUAGGGAUUACCUUACUCUCUCAUUGGUAUGAGCCGGCCUCUCAAGCGAAAGCAGAUGUUGAUGCUGCACAACGAGGCCUCGACUUCAUGUUUGGAUGGUAUAUGGAUCCAAUCACAAAAGGAAACUAUCCAAAAAGCAUGCGAUCUUUGGUUGGAAGCCGGCUACCAAAGUUCUCCAAAAAAGAAUCCGAGGAACUUAAGGGGUCCUUCGAUUUUCUUGGCCUAAACUAUUACUCAUCCUCUUAUGCUGCUGAUGCACCUCACUUACGCGAUGCCAGACCCGCCAUACAAACUGAUUCUCUUAUCAAUGCUACAUUUCAUCGUGAUGGCAAGCCCCUUGGUCCAAUGUCUGCUUCAAGUUGGUUAUGCAUUUAUCCGAGAGGAUUAGGAAACCUGUUGCUUUACGUCAAGAAUAAGUAUAACAACCCCGUAAUUUACAUCACUGAAAAUGGUCGUGAUGAGUUCAACGAUCCUAAACUGUCACUUGAAGAAUCCCUUUUAGAUACUUAUAGAAUCGAUUACUUUUAUCGUCAUCUUUAUUAUGUUCAAGCUGCAAUCAGGGAAGGUGUGAAUGUAAAGGGAUAUUUUGCAUGGUCAUUGUUGGAUAACCAUGAAUGGGAAUCUGGCUUCAGCUUGCGAUUUGGACUCGUCUUUGUGGAUUAUAACGACGACUUGAAAAGACACCCAAAACUCUCGGCACAUUGGUUCAAGAAUUUCCUCAAAAAAUCUUGCCAAGAAAAGUGUUCUGUUUAAAUGAACUUAGGAUUAGAAAAUAGUGAUAUGGAAUUCACUCAUGUACAGAUUUAUGUGAAAAGAAAAAAAAAAUUGCCAAUAAAAGAUUUCUAGAUGUUGCAGUUUCAAACAUGCAUAUCAAAGUGUUAUGAAAGCCAUGAUGCCUCUAGAAAAGACUUGUUGUAUUUUCUAUUUUUUAUUUUUAGUUUUUUUUAAUUGCAAAUGUUAGUAUGUUAAUUUUCUUUUUUCUAGAUAAACAAAUGUUAGUACGUUAAUAGUUAUGUAAAAA